AUGUCGGCUCCUAUGAUAAAUUGGGUUCCUAUUGUGAACAGAAUCUAUAAAUAUGUCGCGAACACUACUAUUGGUUCAUCAACACAAUCAAUCACUCUUCCAUCAGUUGAGAUUCAUGAUAUUGAAACAGCUCCAGAGAAAAGACCAAGAACUUUGAAGCAUCUUUUAAAAUCGAAUCAUAUUAACCAUUCAAUCCUCUACAACUAUAAUCGAUUCCACAACCAUUUACCACAUCAUCUUGGAUCUGCCUAUCUUCUAGGAGCAGAUUAUGACCAGUUACAAAGAGUUUAUGCUGAAGAAUCAAAAGUUCUUGAGGAAUGGCAGGAUUCUCCCGGGGAGAUUACCGAUGCGGAUUGGAGGGAUUUCUUAGGCGAGAAGGUAUAUCAAAGGGCAUAUGUUGAUUUUUUUGAGGAUGAGCUUGCUCUGAAAUUUAGUUAUGAUUGGAAGGCUUUGGUGGAGGAGUAUCUUUACAGUGGUGAAGCUCCUCUUGUCAAUGGUUUGACUUCAGGACUCGGCCACCCCCUUAUUCAUCUCGGUUACGCAGUCGAAUUGAAUAGCCGCGAAUUAGCCAUCGAAGCCCUCUCCCUCACAUCGACCUGCUAUAAUUUCAUGCAUAAAUACCUCGAUGAUCCAUCUUAUACUAAAGCCUCUACCUAUAGCACAACCUCGCCCUUAGAAAUUCUUCACAAAAUACAUGCCGACUCUCGGUUAGAUGGAGUUUUAGAUGAACCAUCGCCCUCCAACAUAACCAAGCUUUUCGAGAAACAUGAGGACUUCAUACUAGAGCAUUGGAACGCAUGGAGCAUUACCGAUCCCGAAAAACAGUUUCGUGAUUCGCAAGAAGCUGCUGUAAAUUUGCUUGUGCAGACCGUUAAACCUGGUACUCACGCAUACGACUUCUUUGUGGUACACAUCCUCACCACUAGCCAUGCCGUUCGAAUUCUUCUUCCUUUCGUCCCACCAAAAUUUCAAGUAGGUUUGAUACGUCAGUGGUGGUUAUUCACAAUCGCCGUAUACUGUGCACAGAUGAGACCGAAAAUAAACGAGGACAUUGAGCAGAAACCAGGCAAAGGAUGGAAAUAUGUGGAAGAUAAAGCUAUCAAUGGUGUAUGGUCAACUGACCCACAUUAUGUGAAAGCAAUACGAGCAAUUAGGGAAGCAGCUUUUACUUGGGGGGAUGUACAUGAGAGGUAUUUGUCCAUGGCAGUCACAUUUGCGGAUGAUUUUAAUGGAUGGACUGGAUUCGGGAGUUCUGAGUCUGAUAGCAUUGGCGGGCAUCAUUAA